AAUUUGGCGCCAUGUAGAAACUGAGUGUUUGUAAAUAUUAUUGUUAUCGACUAGCGAGAAUGUGUCAGUGGAAGAAAAUUAGUGUACUGUUUGUGUAUUGUGAAUGUCAGUGCGUAUAAUGGAUUCUACGGAGUCUGUUGUGAUGUAAAUGUUGAAUAGUUGUAUUGCCUUGCAGUAACGAGGAAUUUGACAAAAUUCCUUCGGUGACAUUUGCGCUGUGGCUCCUCACUACAUGUUCGAUGGAUGCAAUGUGCGAGGAAAUAGACGCUCUUAUUACCGAAAACAACGCUUUGGUUUCUCAAACAAAAGUAAGUGUGCUGUUGAUGACACACGCACUCACAAGGAGAUCAAUGCUUGUGCCAAGCCAGAUCAAAUAUUGGAAUCCAUUAAUCUGAAUAGGGAUGAUGAUGUGAGGCCUGAAUAGACCACUCACAGAGAUGGGGAUGUUACUACCAAGCUGGGUAAAAUAUUGAAAGCCAUUACUCCAAAUGAUGCCACCCUGUUCACAUUGAGAUCGAUAUUGAUGCAAAGAUGGAUAAAUAUUAAAAUUUAAUUUUCUGAUUAAUGAUGAUGAUCAUCAUUCUGAAUGGUAGAAAUCUGUAUUUGGCUAACCAAUGCCGAUGAUUUUCCAUGAAACUGGAACCAUUGGAAGGUGGGCCUGUGCCGACACCUUCAGUGAUGCUGUCAUCACUAGCACUGAGCACAGGCCUGUCGACAUUGCCAUCCUGGUACAGACUGAAAACACUGGCAUGUUGGCUGUGGUCUGGCCUUAAGUCACUGCGUGCAGACCCUUUGUCAUCAUUAUUGUGGUGCAAACUGACGACACUGGCGCAUUUUUCAGCAUCUGGGCUAUCAUCACCACAUGUGAACCCAGCAGUGUCAUCCUGGUACGGACUGACAACAUCAGCACACUUGCCAUGGUCUGGUACAAUGCAGACAUGCUCUCUGCACCCCGGACCAUCUCAAUUUUGUUGUCCUGGAUCUAUCAGCAAACCAUCAGCCCACCCUGUUAAUGAUAACCAGGAAAAAUAUAGCCAUGUUAUUACUGAACAGCAGGAAAUAAACUUGAAAUUAAAUGGUUUCCUAUGUUUGCUGGACAGAUUAAAGGUCCAUGAGAGAACCCAGAAUAAGGAAGAAGUAACUAAAGAAUACCUUGACUUAAAGUUAGGGGUGAUGUGCAAUAUCUUGUGGCUAUGCUGGACAUACAACAGAUUUUACGAACUGUAUGAUUCUGUUCUUUUGACCAAAAUUGAUGAAAAUUUGAAGAUGGUAUUGUUGUCUAGCAUAGGGAUGCUUGGUGAGAUUAAAGUAUGGCCUGAUGCUUUAAAUGGAAGAAAUACUUUUAUUAUCAGUUACAUGGAACUUGUUCUGGAGAAAAUAUUGUCAUUACCAGUCAUUCAUGCCGGGAAGGUACUGCAACUGUGCAUACUAAGUGUUUUGUAUAUUUUGAAAUUUGAUCCAGGAGAUGAUGUAUUGGAAAAAUGCAUUAAUUUGGUUACUACUUCAUGGAACAUAUCAAAAAAACUUUCAGAAAAAGCUCAUUGUUCAUUGGGGUCUGAUCCCAAGGAGACAAAGGUAAUUGGGACUGAUGACAAGAAGAAACUACCUAUUUCACAAUUUGAUUUUCUCCAGUGUGCUGCUCAUCACCAGAGUUUCUGUACAGUUAUAAGUGAGGCCUUACAAGUCCUACGGAACUUGUGUUGCACUAAACUGAAAAACAGAGAGAAUGCUGUGGCCUUCUUAACAUUGCCUGUUGAAAAUAUGACUUAUUUCCACUACAUCAAUUUAUAUGUAAGAGCAUUUGCAUUUAUCUGCCAGACAGAACUGAAGCAGAGUUCAGUUCAGUUAUGGGCCAUUACCCAGUUGAAUUUAGAUGAUUGCCAGAAAGCCGCAGUUCACAUCCUGCAUGGCUACUACUUACAGAACAGUGGAUUUUACUCAUCUGCCCAUAAGCAAUAUGUCAAAUCAGUAGAAAGUGCCUGGAUGAUGAUAGCUCUUCAACUUCUCUGUUCUAAUUACAGUUUUCUCAUAACAGAAAUUAAAGACAGGAUUGGAAGCAGCCCCUCAGGAUUCUUAGAUUGUUACAUUCAACUGUUAAAAACAUCAAAAAGUGCUUUGCGUGGAAGUUGGAUAAGUUCAGCAAAACAUAAUGUGAACUUUGAAUUCACAGUUAUCAGUUAUUUGUAUGCAGAUCCAAAGUUUUCAGUGUAUUCCCUACAGUAUGAUUUGGCCAGGGCCUACACAAAGUGUCAGAAUUAUCUGUCUGCAUCAGAAGAGUACAUGUCAUUGCUUGGAAGUAUCUUGACAAAGGAUUAUAAUGCCAGUGGACUCUCACAAAAGCAAGAUAUUUUUACAAAUAUUCGUUUGAUCAUCCAUGAUGCAAUAUUAGUGCAUAUGAAGAGUUCACAGUUGGAGACUGCCCUCUUAUUAUGCAGGCUGUGCACAGAUCAGAAAUCGGUUCCUGCCACAAGAGUAGAAUCUGCAGAAGCUUUUAUACUGGGUAUGAAAGAUGAUGUCAUUGCAAUGAUGCUGACAGCAGAAGUCUACAUGGGUAUGGGGAAAAUUAAUGAAGCAAAGGACAUCUUGAUGAGGUCCAUGGAGGCUGUAGUUGGAUGCAUACUGAAUCUAACGAGCAGUAGAGAUGCAGAUUGUUAUAAACUGAAAGCAACUGAACUUCUUAAUGGAUUAUUAGCAAAAGUUUAUCUACAGAUUGCUGAAUGUUAUUUACAAAAUCAUUUGAUGAUAGAAGCUUCUUGUUUUCUACAGCGAUCACUGGAAAUAAAACCAGGGCAUCCAGAGGCUGUUAUGCUGUAUCAAAAUAUGCAAACUGGAUCUGUGGGUCAUGUUUCCCACCCAGUGAGUGAUUCAGAGGAAAGCGUGAAUCUUCUGCCAGAAGACUGCAAGAGUACAGCUUUAAUGUAUCUUCUCAAAGGAAAGCAUUACUUAAACUUUUUGUGAAGUUAUGAUUCUUGGUACAGGACAUUUUUAUCACCAUCUUUCAGUACCCUGAGAAAACAUGUCAUUAUUUUGAAUGUCCUGAAAUUUCUUGUCUGUAAUUGUAAUCUGACAAAAAUGAAUGAAAAAACUGGAAUUUGCUUGCUCAUAUAGAGACUUGAGUUUAUUGCAGGACUAUGAAAUUGUAUCAAGACUAUAGAGUGAUACAGACUGAAUUAUGUACUGCAUGAAAUACAGGUAAUGCUCAGAUUUUAAAGUAUAUCCUAAAUAUACAUGUGUAAGUCAUGGGUAAUGUACAUUUUGAAGACUACAAUGUUUAAAUGUGUGUCACAUACGAAAUUAUGAAGUCUUGUACUGUGACCCUGUGUUAUGAGUAAGUUGUAUCAAAUUAGAGUCGUGUGACUCAGUUGUGCCUGUAGUUGGAAGGAUUUGUCUCCAGCAGAGUCCAGACCUUCCUUGUGCUGACAUUAGGAUAUGUAUUGUGUAUUUUUUACAAUUUUUUAAAGUUUUGGUGUUCUGUGUAUGGCUUAAUUCUACAAAAUGAAAAAUUGUGACCUACA